AUGGAUGAAAUUAAAUUAAUGUUAGCUGAGGAGAAACAUCUCCCACUAACACUUGCAUUCCAAGAAGCCAGAGUGACUAAGAUUACACCCGAUUUUAACCUUUCACUACAAGGUAAAUACAAGUGGUACUUCCGUGAGGGACUUACCUCACGCCAGGGUGGAGUAUGCCUCGCUGUUUUGAGCCAUCUCCCACAUACCCUCAUCCAAAUUUCAUCACAGUUACAGAUAUGCGCAAUCCAACUCACGGGACCGUUACGGUUAACCCUCGCUUCUAUAUACAUUUCCCCAACGCAUAGUAACAGUAAUUUGGAAGCAGAAAUGAACAAUGCCAUUCAACAAUUACCACACCCUUUCAUAAUCAUGGGUGAUUUUAACGCCUACCAUACUGUAUGGGGUGGCCAAAGAUGCAAUUUAAGAGGUAAAAUUAUUUUAAAAAUCGUUGAACAACUUAACCUCAUCAUCCUGAACGACUUCCAACAUACUCGUAUGGAUGAACACUCUGGCUCUACUUCUUCAAUUGAUUUAACGAUUACCUCAUGGGACCUAGCGCCCAGAGUCAGAUGGUGUGUCGAUGAUGAUCUAAGAGGAAGUGAUCAUUUUCCCAUUCACAUCCGAACACUGACCAGUAAUCCAAAAAUCCUCCUGCGAAGGAGAUGGUUGUACCAAUUUGCCGACUGGGAUGGUUUCGAAUCAACCAUUUCGCAUCUGUUACCUGCACAGGGUAACUAUUCAGUAGAGGAGUUUUCCCAAGCCGUUUUCGCUGCUGCGAAAGCUAAUAUACCCCGCACUAGUGGUAUCUUCGGCCGGAAGGCAGUCCCAUGGUGGAAUAAUGAUGUCAAACAGGCCAUUAAAUCCAGAAGAAAAGCGCUGAGGAAGCUUAGAAGACAACUGGACGGUAGUGAGACAAAAGUACUUGCCCUAGCUGAUUUUCAAUCCACUAGAGCUAGAUCAAGGAAAAUUAUAGCGGAAGCUAAACAAAAUAGCUGGCUUAAAUUUCUUGAUAGCUUUUGCCCUCAGACAACUUCUAGUGAACUGUGGAGCAAGGUUAAUGCAAUCAGUGGCAAAAAAAGAUCGCGAGGCUAUUCCAUUAUGAUCAAUGGUACCACUACCGAUGAUCCCGGAACCAUUGCUGAACAUUUAGCUGACCAUUUUGCUAGUACUUCUGCCACCUCCAACUACAAAAGCGACUUCAAAGCUCGUAAAACUGCCGCGGAGACUACAGAGUUUCCCUCGGACUCAGGGGAACCUCAUAUUUACAAUAUCAGGUUCUCUAUGAAAGAAAUGUUGUGGUCCAUUAGUAAGGUCUUCGAGAGAAUGAUCAAACGGAGAUUGAUGACGAACCUUGAAGAACGUCAUCUCCUGGAUCCUCGACAACAUGCUUUUCGUCAAGGCAAUGGUACCAACACGUAUUUCAGCCAACUUGAUCAACACCUUCACGUGAUCACGCGAGACCACCUCCACGGGGAACUCGCUCUGUUGGACAUAUCCAAAGCCUACGAUACAACCUGGAGAUAUAAUAUCUUGGACCAACUCCAUCAAUGGGGUAUCGAAGGUAAUUUGUUCGAGAUAAUUCGCAGUUUUCUACAAAAUCGUAGCUUCAAAGUUCUUCUCGGAGGAGUCACCUCCACCAGUAAACUGCAAGAAAAUGGAGUGCCACAGGGUUCUGUGCUAUCGGUUGCUCUUUUCCUGAUAGCGAUGCAAUCAUUAUUUGAUGCCAUACCCCAAAAUAUUGACGCUUUGCUAUACGCAGAUGAUAUUCUGCUAAUUUCAAAAAACUCAUUCCCAGUACUAGCAAGAAGAAGACUUCAGGAAGGAAUCUCGUCUGUUAAUAACUGGGCGAAUUCCGUGGGAUUUAGGAUCUCAGCUGAAAAAUCUCAAGUUCUUCAUUGCUGCAACAAUAAGCGUCACAGGAAAAAACUACGUUCUUAUCUUCUGAACGGUAGUUCCAUUAAACGAGUCAAUUCUGCACGAAUUCUCGGUGUAAUGGUGGACAAAAAACUCACGUUCAAUAAACAUAUAAAGAGUACAAUAUCGGACAUUAAAAACCGCCUUAACUUAGUUAGCGUUAUAAGCGGUGGAAGCCGAACAGGAUCCCGCAAAACUAUCUUCAACAUUGGAAGAAGCUUAGUCUAUUCCAAACUUACUUACGGUAUUGAACUCUUCAGCCGUGCCACCUGGAAAACGCUUGAAGAACUGAGGCCUAGCUAUCAAAGAAUAAUAAGACUAGCAUCAGGGGCCUUUAGAACUAGCCCAAGUAAAGCGUUACUCGCUGAGUCAGGCAUUUUACCCUUCAAAUUGUUCCUCACGAGAUUCUACAGCACGCGCGCGAUACGAACGCUCGAGAAACAUCCAACAUUUGAAUACUCUCUUGUGAGAGUGAAUAACUGGUUGCAGGAUACAUGCCGAACCACUCUUCCAACGAUUGCACCAAUUCCCAUUAUUAACCUUCGACCAUGGUAUAAACGGGAACCUCAGAUUGAUUGGUCAAUUAAAAAUUCUGUGCGAGCUGGUGAAAACAGCAGCAUAGUUUUGGCCAUUUUCAACAACCACAUCCACAGUAAAUACCUUUUUCACCACAAGAUCUUUACAGAUGGAUCCUUUGAUGGUUUACAAGUAGGUAUCGGCAUUUUUGCUAAUAACCUGCAAGUUAAGUUCCAACUCCCAAAUAUCUGUUCGGUAUUUUCAGCUGAAUUAGCGGCACUUCUUAUCGCUACAUCAAAGUGCGAACACAACAGAAAGACGGUUAUUUUCACCGAUUCUGCUAGCGCGCUUCUUGCUCUUGAGAGCGGAAGUAGCAAACAUCCAUGGGUACUCGCAAUUGAAGAGAAAACUGCCCAAAAUGAUAUCACCUUCUGCUGGAUCCCAGGUCACUGUGGAAUCCGCGGUAACGAAGAGGCUGAUCGCCUAGCCAAAGAAGGGAGAACAUCCGAACUAUGGAGCACAAGCGUCCCAUCUGAUGAUAUAACCAGAUGGGUUAACUCAUCUCUGAUGACGUGCUGGGAGAACGAAUGGAACAUCUGCAGAGAUACUUUUUUGAGAAAAAUUAAAAACACUACCCAUCCUUGGAUGGAUAGAAACCAAAGAUCUUUUCAAGUAUGUCUAACACGUCUUCGUAUUGGACAUACCAAAUUAACGCACAGGUUCUUGGUUGAAAAAACCGAACCACCCAUUUGUAAUACCUGUAACGUCAGGCUGACCGUAGAACAUUUUCUACUUGUCUGCCCACGUUACAACCUUAUGAGAACUAAGUUUCAGAUAGCUGACAACCCAAGGACAGCCCUAGCAAGAGAUAACUUGGAGGAGGACAAAUUACUGCAUUUCCUGAAGGAGACGGAUCUUUUGGAGCUUAUUUAUUUAUUUCAACACCGUCUUCUAUUAAUAGUGUAUCCAGUCCUAUGA